AUGAGCACCGAUACCAUCCCGUUCCCCGGCGCCAAGUCGCCGGGCAUCGCCAAUGUCACCCGCCACGCUUGGAUCACGUCCGAGGACGUCGAGGCCGCCGAGGCCCCUGAGACCCCUCGGGGCGGCCCGUUUGAGCCUCACGACGAUCACGACGGCGAUUUCGUCACCACCACCGAGGACCGCGACCUGAAGCGCGGUCUGGAGCAGCGCCAUCUUUCCAUGCUGGGUAUCGCCGGCGCCAUUGGCACCGGUCUGUUCCUCGGCCUCGGCGGCGCCAUCCAGACCGGCGGUCCCCUUGGUGCGCUGCUCGGCUACGCCACCGUCGGCCUCAUCGUCUGCUCCGUGCAGUUUGCGCUCGGAGAGGUCUCGGCUCUGCUGCCCGUCACAGGAUCCUUCGUCCGUCAUGCCGAAUUCCUCGUCGACCCCGCCUGGGGCUUCGCCAUCGGCUGGAACCUGCACAUCGCCACUGGCGACUGGGGCAAGUUUCUGGGGUACUGGGGCGUCAUGACGAGCGCCGUCUUCUCCUUUGCUGGCGUUGAGUCCCUUGCCAUGGCUGCUGCCGAGACGCAGAACCCCCGCCGCGCCAUUCCCCGCGCUUGCAAGCGCGUCUUUGCGCGUAUCGUGCUGUUCUACAUGCUUGCCGUCCUCAUCGUCGGUAUGUUGGUCGCGAGCAACGACCCUCGCCUGAAUGAUGAGUCCGGCACUGCCGCUCAGAGCCCCUUCGUCAUCGCCGCCUCGGCCGCUGGCAUCCCGGCAAUCCCCAGCGUGGUCAACGCCGUCGUCAUCACCUCCGCUUGGUCUGCGUCCAACCAGAGUCUGCUCGCCGGUACCCGUGUAUUGUUUGGUCUGGCGCUCAAAGGACAAGCCCCCAAGAUCUUCCUCCGCACCACCGCGUGGGGCACGCCAUACGUCUGCGUAUUGCUCUUCACGGUUUUCAUGCUCCUCAGCUUCAUGAGUCUGUCCAACGGCGCAUUGACCGUUUUCUGGUGGCUCGUAGACUUGACCGCAGCUGGUGUUUUGGUCUCGUGGUCCGCCAUUUUGUACAAUCAUAUCCGCCUCAAAAAGGCGAUGAAGAAGCAGGGCAUUGAGUUUAGCAGGUUGCCGUGGAACAACUCAUGGACUUGUAAGCAUCCCGCAUCCCAUUCGUCCAACGACACUGCUAACGAGAAUGGAACUGUAGUCUAUAGCUCACACGUCGCGCUGUUCAUGUGUGUCUUGAUCCUUUUUACCAGUGGUUUUGAGGUCUUUACCAAGGGAAACUGGGACGCCAGCGGCUUCGUCUCGUCUUAUUUGGAUAUCCCGCUUGUCACGCUAGCUUUCCUGAUCUGGAAGUUCGUCAAAAAGACCAAGGCUGUUUCCCUUGAGGACAUCCCUCUGCACGAUGCGAUUGAGCAGGCUGAUGCAUACCCUGAAGAACCAGAAGUCAAGAAGACUGGCCCCAUCCGUUUCGUCAGCUGGAUUUGGGAGUAA